CCGCCGCCGCCGCCGCAGGAGGCGGAGCGCUGCACCUGGCGGCGGGUCCUCGGCGCUCAGCCCUGAAACGGGUCCAGCCGGUAGCGAGCGGCGGAGGCCCGGGCCGGAGAAGGAAGAGGAGAGAAGAUCUCGCCGGCCGGUGCGCUCGCUUCGCUGCUCCCGGCCUCCCCACCAGCCCGCAUCCCUCCGCUGCGCCCCGCCCCGCCGCAGCCCCCGAGGAAUAGGCGACUUGCCGGAGAUGGUGCGAGCCGGCGCGACAGCCGCCGCCCCGGCGUCCGGAGCCUCCGCCCCGCGCCCAGGAGAGAUGGCUCCCCGCACCCCACGAAGCUGAGCGCCGCCGCCGCGCCCGGAGCAGAUCAACAACCAAAAUUUAUAAGGUCACAAACUUUCUGAUGGUGGUGAUGAGCCAUGGCGACAGAUGAUAAAGUUGCCAUCCUAACUGAUGAUGAAGAGGAACAGAAGAGAAAAUAUGUGCUUGCUGAUCCCUUUAAUGGUAUUUCCAGGGAACCAGAACCACCUUCAAAUGAAACUCCCUCUCCGUCUGAAUCAGCUGCUAUUCCUGAGGAGGAAACAGACUGGAUAGAGAAACAUUGCGUUAAAAUAAACAAUGAUCUUCUAAUUUCCAAGGUCUUUUAUUUUUUUUUCUACUCUGCAUAUGGCUCUCUUUACCCACUUUUGCCUGUGUAUUAUAAACAGCUGGGGAUGUCACCAAGCCAAAGUGGGCUGCUAGUAGGUAUUCGAUACUUCAUUGAAUUCUGCAGUGCCCCCUUUUGGGGUGUAGUUGCAGAUCGCUUUAAAAAAGGCAAAGUUGUCCUCCUCUUUUCCCUUUUGUGUUGGGUGUUAUUCAACCUGGGCAUUGGAUUUGUCAAACCUGCUACCUUGAGGUGUGUACCAAAGAUUCCCCCGACAGCCCGUCCCACCAAUUCAAGUCAUCCAUUCACCAUCCUGCCAGCGAACUCCUCCAUCGUCCCUUCCAUCACCACGUCAACAAGAACACGUGAGAAAAGGAACCUGCCUCCUUAUGAUGGGCUAGAGAUGUUAGUGUCAGAACCCAAUGUCACAGAAACUGUCAUCUUCUCGACCGCUCCAAACAAGACCAGUGCACCUACUCUGCAGCCUCAGACUGAUGAAAUUACUGACCGUGUUAUGGACUUGACCUCACACCCAAGCACUGCCCCCUCCACCCCGCCAGGAAAUACAACCAGGGAGACAACCACUUCUCUUGUCACUACCACUAAAUCUUUACCUUCUGACCAAGUCACUCUUGUUUAUGAUCAGCAAGAGGUAGAAGCUAUAUUCUUGGUGAUCUUAGUAGUUGUCAUAAUAGGAGAAUUUUUCAGCGCCUCAUCCGUCACGAUUGUGGACACGGUAACGCUCCAGUACCUGGGAAAGCACAGAGACCGCUAUGGACUGCAGCGCAUGUGGGGCUCCCUGGGCUGGGGCCUGGCGAUGCUGUCCGUGGGCAUUGGCAUCGACUACACCCACAUAGAUGUGCUCAUUGAUGGGAAGGGCUGUAAGCCCCCCGAGUACCGGAACUACCAGAUUGUCUUCAUCGUCUUUGGGGUUCUCAUGACCAUGGCCUUGAUCGUGGCCACUCAGUUCCGGUUCCGCUACAACCACUUCAAAAAUGGUGAAAAUAAAGGAAAAGAGGUGGAGAUCCCUCAGGUGGAGAGGAACAGCUCCACGGAGUGCUCUGAGGAGACCCCAACCACUACCAGCCACUCGCAGGCCUUCAACUUCUGGGACUUAAUCAGGCUGCUUUGCAGUGUGCAGUAUGGCUCCGUGUUGUUCGUGGCUUGGUUUAUGGGUUUUGGCUACGGCUUCGUGUUCACCUUUCUCUACUGGCAUUUGGAGGACCUGAAUGGAACGACGACCCUCUUUGGUGUCUGCUCAGUCCUGAGUCAUGUGUCUGAGCUGACAGCUUAUUUCUUUAGUCACAAGCUUAUUGAAUUGAUUGGCCACAUCAGGGUUCUAUACAUUGGCCUGGCCUGCAAUACAGCUCGCUAUAUUUAUAUUUCCUACCUGGAAAAUGCCUGGACUGUUCUCCCCAUGGAAGUUCUUCAAGGAGUGACACACGCGGCCAUCUGGGCAGCCUGCAUUUCUUAUCUCAGUGCUGCGGUUCCCCCAGAGCUGAGGACGUCUGCUCAGGGCAUCCUGCAGGGCCUUCAUCUGGGUUUGGGGAGAGGUUGUGGUGCCAUGAUCGGAGGCGUGUUAGUCAAUUAUUUCGGGGCUGCUGCAACCUUCCGAGGUAUUGGCAUGGCCUGCCUGGUGAUCCUCCUGCUCUUUGCCCUGAUCCAGUGGCUGGCAGUGCCAGAUGAGGAAGAAGAUAAGACAAUGUUGGCAGAAAGGAUUCCUGUUCCCUCCAGUCCUGUUCCUAUAGCAACCAUCGACUUGGUCCAGCAACAGACAGAAGAUGUUAUGCCACGCAUUGAGCCCAGGCUCCCACCCAAGAAAACCAAGCACCAGGAGGAACAGGAGGAUGUGAACAAGCCAGCCUGGGGGGUCAGCUCCUCUCCCUGGGUGACCUUUGUCUACGCACUCUACCAAAUUAAAGAGAUGAUGCAGUUAACAAGAGAUAACCGUGCUUCUGAGAUACAGCCCUUACAGGGGACCAGUGAGAAUCGGGAAAGUCCUCCAGCUGGUGGUGGAACCCUGCCUGGACCAUGUGAGACUCACUCUGACCCAUCCAGAAACCAGCCAUCCCCUCAAGCUGCAGCAGCAUCUCAGACUCAGAGCAGCCCUGCUCGCCCCCGUGUGGAGGAGAGUGAGGACCAGCAGGCUCAGCCUGCCGCUGGGGGACACUGAGGGGUCCUGCUCAUCCUACACCCUGCAUGGAACUGGGCUCCUCUGCCAGGGCAGAGCAGGAGGUGCUCUGAACCUAGGACACGCCUCACCACGAGGAGCAUAGCACCACAUACGCUUCUAAAUACCUGAAUUCAUCAACAUGGAAACACACACACACAUAGGAGCUACAGUACAUAGGGCAGAAAUAGGUCAUAGUCCCACUGGAAUCACAGAAGGAAAAAGGAGUUCAGUGAGGACUUUCAGUUCUUGGGUUGGUAGGUUAAGGACUGUAAGACUUCUCUGCCAAGGCAUAAGAGUUGAAACCAGCAGUUACACUAAAUGAAUGGAGGGAGAGAAAGUGUUUCAAGGUGAAUGCUGAUAUAACUUCCCUCUUUUGAUUAUUUACUCUAAUUAUUUGGUUCUUAAUGCAAACUGGGAAGAAACAGAAUACCUGUACAAUUUUGUUUCUCUUAAAGAGAACCAUUCAAAAAAUUAUAAGACAUAUUUUAAAAGUAACCAGAUAAAAAUUAGUAGCAUAUAUGCUUUUGUUUAAAAAAAAAAAAAAGGAAAAAGUUUCAUCAGAAACUUGGCAUAUCUCUAGCAAAUAUAUAUUUUUUAUGGGUAUGGUAUAUAACAAAAAUAAUCAAUUCUUUGAGCAGCAAAAGCUGUUACUGACUACUGCAAGCUAAGCUGAGCUUUAAAAUGCCUUUUGUUUUAAAUGGGCUAUAAGACCAGAGGAGGGAAUAUUUCAAAUAGACCAACUCAGUAUCCUGUGGCUUGAUAGACAAGGGUUUACUAAAUAUAUUGAUACUAUAAAUAGCCUUUAUCACUAUUUACAAUUUUAUAGUGAUUUGGGCUCUUAAUUAGCUGAUGGACUAAAACAAACAAAAAUCCCUGAAUUCCUAAGGGUUUCUUCAAUUUAGCAGGUACUACUUACAAAUAACAGUAUAAGAUUUAAGUGCCUGGGGAGGGAGACAAUUUUUAAAAUUACGUAAUGGUUCAGUUUUUGUUUUGUUUUGGGGGAGGGGGGAAAAGUGGUGAAUAGGAAACCAGGAAUGAAAAAAGACAGAAAUAGGAAGUAAGCAUACUUUCCAAUGACUAAAGAAACAAAUCUUAGUAUGUUCUUUCCCAUGAAGAUAGUCAGACACUGGAGGGUUCAGUUACGGGUUAUGCUACUGUAAAUAUUGCAACUACAGUCAGAACAAUGGCCGGGUGACUCAUGCAUAAAGCUUGCUGCUAAAAAUGAAAGCUGAGGUUACUAGGAAGCCUUGGGGGAGGUGGUAAACAAGGGAUCUCUGCUUUAGCCAAAGGCAGGUCAGUUAUAUGGCUGUGGAUGAGCACAGGAAAGACACGAGUUAGCAAUGAGCAACUCACCUUACUCCCUGACCCUGAUUAGGCAGAACCAGUUGUGAAGUGAGGGCUUCUCCAUGACACCAUACUUCUGCCCAAAACUGCCUCUGGGAGGAGAAAAUCUACACUUGGAUAUCUAGCUUCACCACAAAACACAGCUUAAAAAUAACAGAAAGAAAUAGAAUUAAGCAAAUAGUUAUUUUUGCACUUGAACUGAAAUGUACUGUACUGUAAAUUAUCAUGACUCAUUUUAAGUGACCUUUAAAAAUCAGAUGUAUUUAUUAUGCUUAAGUAAUUAUAGAAAUAAAGAAAUGGGUGACAGACUGAACCUCACCUAUGAAUGUACAGUAUGUGGAUUUGUGAAACUGACUUGACUGUAGGAAGUCAGAAAAACUUACACUGUAUCUUGUGUUUACAGUUCUGAUUUAUUCUUCUGAAAAGCCUGCUGUUUUGGAAAUGCACAGUGGACAUGUUGAAAUAAAAAAUACCAUUUUUAAAUAUUUCUUAAAUGAUAAUGAUGUGACCAAAUAAAAGUCCUUCGCUCUGUAAUGAAUGAGACCAAAUUCUGCAGGCCUUUGUUAUGAGCCAUUUACUGUGAAAGCUAAUUCAUAGUGCAGUAAUUCCCAGCCUUUUAGAACAGGCACAUUCAUGGGUUCGUGGACCUUGUGACUUCUUCCUGUCCUUAAAGUGCCAUUUAAAAAAAUAUUAAAGUGAAUUCAAAUUAAA